AUGUCUGUUCCCACUCGAGGACGUGGUAGACCACCGCGACAAAGUUAUAUCAAUAACAAUAACAAUACCAAUGGUAAUAACGGUGGUACACCAACUUUAAACUUGUCUCAAAACAACAACAAUAAACGUACGUCACAUGUUCUCAUCUCAUAUUCAUCAAUCUUCAUUCUUUCUUAUCAUUCUUCCACCUCAUCUCAAUUAUGUGAACAUUAG